CCCUGGGUUGUCUCUCAAUACCGGUACCUUGCCUGACUGCGGACUGCAAAAGGAAAGGGGUAGAGGCGGCAAAAUUCAUUGUUCGUACGUACCUUACGAAAGUACCUACAGGACCCGCCCCCGCUGCAGAUUUGUCUCCUCUCGUUGAAGCUCCAUCUUUCGACUCCAUCAACCCGUGCUUUCCUUUUCAAGACAAAAAGCAGGCCAAGCUGCACAUUCGUUUGCCAGUCAUCCUUCCUUGAUCCAUAUUUUCAUCUUCAUUGUCAGGCAAGACCAGUACGCCCUAGCCAAAAAGCAACAGAUCAGAUCCAACUCAGGCUUAAUCAGAUCGAACCUACAUCACUCAGCGGCCACAACGCUCACAAUGCAGUCAUACCUGCUUGGAAGGCUCGCCGUCCUGCUCGGCAUCUUUGCCGCUGCGGUCAACGCUCAAGGCGUCACCGCUGACAUUUCCCCGCCAACAAAAGCCCCGACCGGAUGCCAGACGAGCUUCCCAGGAACCUUUGAGGUCACAGUGAUCCCAGCAAAGCUGGCAAAGCGCGAUGGUGAUUCUGUUCUCAGCCUUCAGAAGCGAAGGGAGUGUGGCCAUGACGGCGUGCUUGUUGUUACCCUGAGCAACUCAGUCACCAAAGAUGCUCUUUCUCGUACCGGAUACAUCGCGUCCAACUACCAGUUCCAAUUCGACAAGCCUGCGCAGGCCGGUGCAUUGUACACGGCUGGCUUCUCCCUCUGCCCCAAUGGCUUGAUGGCUCUUGGAAACUCGACUCAGUUUUGGCAAUGCAAGUCGGGCGACUUUUGGAACUUGUAUGACCGCAACUGGGCCCCGCAGUGUGACCCCGUCGUUCUCAAAGCCAUGCCCUGCGGUCCCGCCUCCGGUGCCAGCAGUCCCGGUGGUAUGGGACAGGUCGUCGGUACCAACAUUGUAACAACAACGAUCGUGCGCCCUAUUGCCGACGGCCAGCCACAGGUGAUCACUACGGUGGUGCCGAUAGCUAUGUGUCAGAUCGGCGAUGGACAAGUUCAAGCACAUACUACCCCUUGUGCUAGUCUCUCGGCCCCUCUUGAAUCAGCACCUCGUGUAUCUCAGAUUACGGACGGUCAGAUCCAAGUUCCACCGCCUACGGCUGGCCCAGCCACAACCCCGGCCGGUGCAACCCCCACUCCCGCCCCAACCCCGACACCGACCGGAGGCAUGGUAACCCCGUCGGCACGGCCAUCUGGGCCUCCCGUUGCUUCUCCUCCGCCGGCUGCUCCUCCGAUGAAUGCCGGAGCUAAGACACAAUGGUGUCCCCUGGCUUGGGCCAUGUCGAGUGUGGCUGUGUACACCGCCCUAUUCUGGCUGUAACCAUCAGUCCUACAGCAAACUUUACAUACAGUGUCGUCGAAAGACUGAUUUCUCAUAUGAGCAGUCUAAAGAUUAGAAGACACAAAACAAAAAAGAGAAACAACAAGUUGAUGCCUGGCGACUUUGGCUGGUCUCGUUAAUAAUGAGUUGCCACCAAACGUCUUGGUCCUUUUGUCACCAUUUGUCAUUCUCGGGAUCUUUGUCUACUGGGUAUUUCUGUCGUCUUUCGCAUCUCGGUCACUUUGUCUUUUUCCUCAACCAUUUUUUGCGUUCAGCAUCAUCUGCAAGCAACAUUGCGUCACUUCUGUCGUUUCCCGGCCUCUUGGCAUGGCAUACGGCACGGCAGAAAGUUUGACGCCAUUAAAUACUAAUAUUAUCGUGUCUGGUGGGCACGAGGUCUACGUCUCAUUGUCGCUGUUGUUGUCCCAAGCUCCGUCACCGCACUUGGCGGGGAUCGCGACGAAAGCCAAUGGGUGGUAUCUCAACAAACGGUCAGGUGUGUCAC